CAUUUUGUGACGUCACACACGAUGACUGUCGAAAACAUGCCUGGUGAUUUUUGUGUAUUCUAAUAUAUAUUACUUUAAUAAAAUUAUUAGAAAGAAGAAAAAACAAAAUCAAUUGAAACAAAUUACGAAAUUUUUCGAAUCAAUUAAAGAUGAAUGAAGAAUCGUCCGAUAUCAACUUAUCCCAUUAAACGCAGGAAAAAGAAUCCUUUAAUUAUUUUUUUGGUACUCUAAAGCUAAAGCAAAAAUAUUUCGAUAAUUUUUACAUUGAAAUUCAAAGCAGAAUGUAUCAAUGAUCGUUAUUCAAAGAUAGUACAAAAUUAUAUAAAAGACGAAAGUAAGAAAAUAAUAUCUUAAGUAAUUAUAUUAUUAAGAACUAAAGAAGGAUAUAAUGGCUAUCGCGAUAGCAUAUUGUCCUCCAAAUAUCAGUUUUACUGAAAUUUGGAUUAACCAUGGUAUGUCAAAAUGUUUUAUGGAUACAGUAAGCAUAACUAUAAUUUUUUUGUAUCUAAUGAUAUUUGGGACAAUCCAGUUAUGGAUGUAUCGCAAGUAUGGAACAGAAAUUAAUACAAAUGUAUUACCAAGAAGUAAGCUAUACAAUUUACAAAAAUUUUUUCUUUAUUUGGUUCCAUUACUUAGUGUAUUAAGAAUAAUUUUACAAGCAGCUGUUUUGAAUGAUAAGAAAAUUUAUGGAUACAUGAUACUAACAACAGUAUUGACAGUGAUUAUUUAUCCAUAUUCUGUUCAUAUACUAAGUAUAGAAAGACACAAAUUAUUACCAAGUGUACCACCUCGUGGUCAUGGCCUUGUUUUACUGGGAUUUUGGACCUUAUCAUUAGUUGCUGAAAAUCUUGUUUUUGUUAAUAUUGGAAAACUUGAAUGGUGGUUUCAUUUAAAUUCACUGACAGAUCAAAUUGAAAUGGCCCUAUUUGUGUUACGAUACUUUAGUAACUUAAUGAUCUUUGCUAUAGGUCUAAGAGCACCAGGAAUAUCUUCUAAUACAGAUCCUGAAUAUUUUACACUUGACAAUGAUACAACUCCAUGGUCAAGAUAUCACAAUAGAACUGAGGAUAAUUCUUCAGCAUGGAAAAAUGCAUGGUAUAAAAUUAAAACUUUAGCUCCAUUUUUAUGGCCAAAAACAAGUAUUUUACUUCAAUUGAGAGUUAUAUUUUGCUUUGGAUUAGUUAUAUUAGGACGUUUAAUAAACUUAUAUGUACCUAUUUAUAAUGGAAAAAUUGUGGACAGCAUAAAGGUUGCACCUACAGAGUUUCGAUGGGAUCUGAUCUUGAUAUAUGUUGCAUUUAAAUUUUUACAAGGUGGUGGAACUGGUGGAAUGGGAUUAUUAAAUAAUUUAAGAUCAUUUUUAUGGAUUCGUAUUCAACAAUUUACUACUCAAGAAAUCGAGGUUGAAUUAUUUAAACAUUUACAUGGAUUAAGCUUACGUUGGCAUCUUGGUAGAAAAACUGGAGAAGUAUUAAGAGUCAUGGAUCGUGGUACUGAUUCUAUAAAUAAUCUUUUAAAUUAUAUUUUAUUUUCAAUUAUACCAACAAUCGUUGAUAUUAUUGUGGCUAUUGUUUUUUUUAUAAGUACCUUUAAUAAAUGGUUUGGUCUAAUCGUAUUUAUAACAAUGAGUCUCUACAUAGCUGCUACCAUAAUGGUCACUGAAUGGCGUGUUAAAUUUCAAAGAAGGAUGAAUUUAGCAGAUAAUGCACAAAAAGCACGCAGUGUGGAUAGUUUACUAAAUUUCGAAACAGUUAAAUAUUAUAGUGCAGAAUCUUAUGAAGUAGAUUGUUAUAAAAAAGCUAUUUUAGAUUUCCAAAUUGAAGAAUGGAAGUCUAUGGUCACAUUAAAUAUCUUAAAUAUUUUACAAAAUAUAAUUGUUUGUUGUGGUUUAUUAACUGGUUCUUUACUUUGUCUUCAUAUGGUUGUAACUGGUACAGGAUUAACAAUUGGUGAUUACAUUUUGUUUACAAGUUAUAUAAUACAACUUUAUGUUCCACUUAAUUGGUUUGGUACUUACUAUAGAGCUAUUCAAAAAAAUUUUGUUGAUAUGGAAAAUAUGUUUGAUCUUCUUAAAGAAGAACAAGAAAUAAUAGAUCCUCCUGGUGCUGGAAAAUUAGAAGUUAAACGGGGACAAGUAGAAUUUUCGAAUGUCUCUUUUAGCUAUACUCCAGAUAGAAUAGUAUUACGAAAUAUUAGUUUCAUUGCACCUGCAGGAAAAACAAUUGCUUUUGUUGGUCCCUCUGGUGCUGGAAAAUCAACUAUACUGCGAUUACUCUUCCGUUUUUAUGAUAUAGAAGAAGGCUCUAUAUUAAUAGAUGGUCAAAAUGUAAAAACUGUCAAACAAAGCUCAUUGAGAAAUGCUAUAGGUGUUGUACCUCAAGAUACAGUUCUUUUUAAUAAUACGAUUAAAUAUAAUAUCCAGUAUGGUCGCAUAGAUGCUCCAGAAGCAGAUAUAAUAGAAGCAGCAAAGAAUGCAGACAUUCAUGAAAGAAUUUUAACAUUUCCAAAUAGCUAUGAAACACAGGUUGGUGAACGCGGUCUUCGUCUAAGCGGAGGAGAAAAGCAACGAGUUGCUAUAGCACGAACAAUAUUAAAGGCGCCUAAAAUAAUUCUUCUAGAUGAAGCGACAAGUUCAUUAGAUACUCAUACCGAGCGUAAUAUUCAACUAGCAUUAUAUAGAGUUUGUACAAAUCGUACCACCAUCAUCAUAGCACAUAGAUUAUCUACUAUAAUACAUGCGGAUGAAAUUUUAGUUUUAAAAAAUGGUGAAAUAGUUGAAAGAGGUAGACAUGAAGAAUUAAUAUCGCAUGAUGGAAUUUAUCAUGCAAUGUGGCAAGAACAAUUACAAAAUGACACAGAGGUGAAUCAAGGUGAGACUGUACCUGCUUCAUCUGAAGCAGAACUGAAAGCUUCUUAGCAAAUAUAAAAAGAAUUUACUUUUCUGUGUAUAAACUUUUGUUAAUUAUUUAUAAUAGAGAAUUCUUAUCUUAAAAGUAAAUGCAUUAUAUUACAUGAAAGAUGAAGAAUAAAAAUGUAAACAAAAAAAGAGAUGAUUAAAUAGUAUAAAUUUAUAA